AUGUCUCCUGGAUUGAAUCCACGAAACGCGCUGAUCUUCAGAGCUUCCCUGUUUAGGCGGAUCAGUAUUAUCAUCAGUCUCAGCAUGUUCUUAUUCGACUUCGUACUGUCAUUUGGGGCGAACCCAAAAUUUGAUGAUUGUCAGCCACAGAACUGCGGUAGUGGUCCAAACAUAAGCUAUCCUUUUUGGAUCCCGAAUGUUCAACAACCUAAUUGUGGAAUUCCUGGCUUCGAUAUAGAGUGCGACAACAGUAGGCCGAUUUGUCGGACAUUUGGAUCUUGUUAUGCGAUUAAAGAGAUUUCGUACGACGAGAACUCGUUCAGAGUGGUGAAUGAAGCGGUACUCAAUGCGGGAUGCCCCCUGCCAAGUCUCAAUUACUCUUUCGAACGCUUACGUGUUACAUUUGGUCCGGACCACGCCGAUCUCUGCAUUUUCCGCAACUGCGAUGGGUCAUUUUCUGUUAAUUCUACAAUAUCUUGGGCCGAGUGUGGUCCUGGUGAUGGGAACAAAUCUUUUGCUGCGAUAGCUAGUAUGUGCGAUCACUUGAACUGGAAUAGAGCGUCGUGCCAGUACUUGGUGGCCGCCCCGGUUCAAGUACAAAACUGGAAGGUGAAUCAAAGUGUUGAGUACCUAAAGUUAUUGGAGGACGGUUUCACGCUGAACUGGACGGGGUACAACUGCACGAGGUGCCGAAGAAGUGGGGGCCGGCGUGGCAGUCAAAAUACCGCCAGUGUGUGCUAUUGGCCCGACCGGACAGAUCUCGUACACUGCGGCGAUGGUAAGGCUCCUCAAACUAUUCUAAUUUAG